AGCAGCAGCUGCUGCCCAAACAAAGCAGCUUUUCUUACAGAUCCCCCAUCUGCCUAAGGCCACACUUGGAAAUGGGUACUUUUAUGGCUCUCAGCCCAGAAGAGACAGGGUGGAAGAGGAGACAGUGGUGGGGUGGAUGGUCCACUGCCCCUGCAUCUCUUUUGGUAUAUUUUUCUUUUGUCUUUCAGAUCAGCUUAUUGUCUUUUUGCCUCUCAUCCUUCUUUUCAACCACUGAGCACCCAUUCUGGGGCUACAUGCUGGGAUAGGGGGCUGGAAACAGACACAAAUAAUACACAGUUUUCAUUCUGACACCUGGAGAAAAAGACCUUUUCUACCCUGGGAAUCUGCCUCCUGCCAUUCUCAGCUCUCUUGCCCACGGGACCUGCCCCCACCCCACCUCUCUGAAUCUCCAUCUCAUCCGCGCCUCUGACUUUGUUCUUUCACGCCUUAACCAGGCUCAUGGUGAGUGUGCUCCCAGAGGGAAGUGACACAAAGAAAAGGGAGGGGGGCAGAAGGAGGGAAUCCCGCUGACAUCACUGCUCAUUAGCAUAUGUGACCUCAUCAGAGGGCGGGACAAUUUCCCCAGGUGUCUAGGGGGAGGACUUGUGUGGGGGGGGUGGUAUUUAAAGGGAAAAGCUGACAGUGCUGCUGAGUGAGGGAGCGGGUGCUGCAAGCUGCUGGGCUGCACUUGCACGCACACACGCGCAUGUACACGGACCCUGAUACCGACAUGGACAUGGAUACAGAAAACACAGCACUUUGUCCCUCCGACAGCUGCCAGGCCUCCCCAUCAGGGACACCUACACCAGAAACAGAUGCCACACUUCUGAAGAAACCAGAGAAACUGUUGGCAGGGUUGGACCAGAGUGGGCUACCCCCUGUCCCUGGGGUCCCCAGACGAAGAGGCAGUAUGCCUGUGCCCUACAAGCACCAGCUAUGUAGGGCACAGGCUGUAGAUGAACUUGACUGGCCGCCUCAGGCCUCAUCUUCUGGUUCCUCUGACUCCUUGGGCUCAGGAGAGGCAGCCCCUGCCCAAAAGGAUGGCAUCUUCAAGGUCAUGCUAGUAGGGGAGAGUGGAGUAGGCAAAAGCACCCUUGCAGGCACUUUCGGUGGUCUCCAGGGAGACAGUGCUCAUGAGCCGGAGAAUGCAGAGGACACCUAUGAGAGACGAAUCAUGGUGGAUAAGGAGGAAGUAACUUUAGUUGUUUAUGACAUCUGGGAACAGGGAGAUGCUGGGGGGUGGCUGCGGGACCACUGCCUUCAGACGGGGGACGCCUUUCUCAUCGUCUUCUCAGUCACGGAUAGACGAAGCUUCUCCAAAGUUCCAGAGACCUUACUUCGGCUCCGAGCUGGGAGGCCCCAUCACGACCUACCUGUCAUCCUGGUUGGAAACAAGAGUGACCUGGCCCGCUCCCGGGAGGUAUCCCUGGAGGAGGGGCGCCACCUGGCCGGAACGCUGAGCUGCAAGCACAUCGAGACGUCGGCAGCGCUUCACCAUAACACGCGGGAGCUCUUCGAGGGCGCCGUACGCCAGAUCCGGCUGCGGAGGGGCCGCGGUCGCACUGGAGGCCAGCGGCACGAGUCGGGCAGCCCUGAAGGCCCCGCGCCAUCUGCGCGCCGCGAGAGCCUCACCAAGAAGGCCAAGCGCUUCCUGGCCAACCUAGUGCCACGCAACGCUAAGUUCUUCAAGCAGCGGUCCAGGUCAUGUCACGACCUUUCUGUGCUCUGAGCCAAGGUCUCCACAGCCGCUGCGGUCGCAACGGCCACGGCGCCCUCCGCUCGCCCCCUCGUCCCGCCCCCGUCCGGCUUCCUAAGUGGAAGCCGUCUAGGAAACCAAAAAUUCCCAGGAUCCCCUGGUGUGACCACGGGGGAGGGGCCGGUGGGCGUCAUCUCCACCCAGCUCCAGGUACCGUGCGUUCGCGGGGCAGUUCGCCUUCUAGCGCCGGACGCAGACCUCGAGCCGAAGGACUCUCCCGCAACGGCCGCGGGCGGGGCUUGUUUGGGAGGGUCAAGAAAGAUAACAGUCCUGCAAGGUAUUUUGCUUUUAUUAAGUCGCGCGUGGCCACCUCUUCUGUAGAGAUUCUAGACAAGAGAACUGAAAAAGUGUUUUGUAGACUCCUAGACGGAGUUGACCUCCUUUGUAUGCUGAACAUGCUUCACCUUUAAGAGUCUUAAAGACUGGAAGAGGCCCUUUUCUAGAGACUUCCGAAAAAAUGUUCUGGCUUUUAUCUGCCAUACUGGUGCACAUUGCCCUUAAGAAGUUCUUAAAGGCAAGGGCCUGGAAGUGCUAUUCUGGAUAGUUGAUUGGGUGAUUUACCAUUGCCACCGAGGCACUUCACCUUUAAGAUUCUUAAAGUGUGGACAGAUUUUCUUCUGCCUUCAGAUCCCGGAAUGAAGAGCCGAGCUGUGGCAACCCCUUUGGCCAGCCUGGCCGAGGCGGCACUAGAAAAAGGCCACCCUUUCCCUUUUCAAUAAAGGAAUUUUGUAUUGCAUCCGUU